AGCCACGGUGUGCUGCGCAGCACGGUUAUUUUAGUUCGUGAUAGGCAGACGACAUUUUGUUUUGAUGUUGUGACGCAAGCAACUAGCAAAAGAAAAUGCCAUUGAACGCCGUAGGGUGGACCACGGAAGAGGAUGAAAAACUAAUUGAAUUAGUGGAACCCUAUAAGCAUCUAUAUUGUUGGUUGGCUCACUCAAGAAAGAAUAUUCUAGCGCGAGAAAAUACUUGGAAAAUAAUAUCAACACAAUUAUUUAAACCAGUUGAGGAAUGCAAGAAAAGAUGGAGAGGCCUUCGAGAUAGCUACACACGUAGCAAGAGAAUGGGAGCAAUACACAGGUCAAAAGUACCAAUAUAUGAGAAACUACAGUUCCUUAGUGCUAUGCCUUUAGACAUGGCAAUUGAGAUUGGGGAGGUGGAGAAUGGAGAACACAUAUUGAGUGACAGUCAAAUAAGUGAACAAGAAGUUGAAAAUGAGCAACAAGUUAUUAUGGAUGGUCAAGAAUAUUAUGAACAUGAUUAUGAGGUCACACUGGUUAACGGCUCAGAACACCAAGAAAUAGAUAUUAAACCACAAAUUAUAAAAAUAUUGCCAAAAACGGUUCAAAUGGAACAGAAUAUUCAACUGGAGCAGCCACCGAAAAAGGUUGGUAGAAAGAAUGCUGGAAGAAAAAGAUCAACACCAUUACCAAGGAACAUACCUCCCGUUAAAAUUCUACCAAAACCCAUGAUUAUGAGUGAGCCUAGACUAAUAAAAUGUGUGGAUGAUAGAAAGAGGCUCGAAGAGCGGUCGCAGGCCAUAGACAAGCUCAUAGAAAAAAUGCUUAAAGAAAACACAAAUGAAAUAGAUGUCUUCUUUAGAAGUAUGGCAGCGAGUGUGAAGAAAUUACAGCCAAACCUUAUUCCCAAAGUCAAAAUGGAAGUGUGCAAUGUUAUCGCGAAAUACGAAAUGCAGAGCUUCGAUAAAAAUUCGCAGAAUAUUUGAAUCAAUGAUGUAUGGUCGAACAAAAGUUGUAAAACUGGCAGGUCUAAAUACAGUAAAAUCUUUGUUCAAAUUGUUUAUUAUUAAAGAAAAUUGUACUUCACUGUACUGUAAGUACUAGGACAAGUAAAAAAAGUUUUUUAAAAACUGAUGUAUGACUUUUGUAUAGAGCAUCUGAAUCGGCCCAUUACUUUUUAAGAAAAAUGGUAACAAAGUAAAACUUAAAACACGAUUGUAGUGCAUCUAUAUAGACUGCCUAGGAGUGAUAUGUGUGUGUAAAAAAAACUAUUACGACAAAAAAAUAAUAAAUUUAUUGUAAUAGU